AUGGGCAAGAACAAGCCGACAUGGGACCCCUCGACCGACUGCGGCGACUACGUCGUCGUCACCAACUGCGCGGCCCUCCACGUGACGGGCCGCAAGAUGUGGCAGAAGACGUACUACCGCCACACGACGCGGCCGGGCUCGCUGCGCAGCGUCACGAUGGACGUGCUCAUGGCCAAGCACGGCGGCGCCGAGGUGCUGCGCAAGGCCGUCAGCGGCAUGCUGCCGAAGAACAGGCUCAGGGACAAGAGGCUGGCGCGGCUCAAGGCCUUCGAGGGCGACGCGCACCCGUACAAGCAGAACGUCAUUCGGUUCGGCGAUGUCAAGGUUGGGGAGACGGGAUGGGAGGAGGCCGCCAAGGCGAUUCGCGAGGACGGGCUGAAGAGGGUGUAG